AUGGUCAGUGAAGCCGCGAAAAAGCGCUUGGCUGCUAAGAAGGCAGCUAAAGACACCAAGCUUGGGGGCAGCGCCAGGCCAAGUCCUGCUAUAACUCCAAGCCAGAGGGCCGUCACAGGCGUCUUGACAUCGCGGCCGACAUCCAGGGAUAUCAAAAUUGACGGCUUCAGUCUGAGCCUCAAUGGAAUCGAGCUCAUACAGGACUGCUCCAUAGAGCUGACCAUCGGGCGCAGAUAUGGCCUCAUCGGCACCAACGGCAGCGGCAAGACCAACUUCCUGCAGUGUCUUGCCAACAGAGAGGUGCCGAUCCCAGACCACAUGGAUCUGUACCAUCUGCACCAGGAGGCGGAGCCCAGCGACAGGACAGCGCUGCAGGCGGUUGUGGACCACAUCGAGGCUGAGGUAGCACGGCUGAACGCACUGGAAGAGCACAUCAUGUGCGAGUUUGGGCCGGAGGACGAGCGCCUGCAGGAAAUCUAUGACAGACUAGAGGAGCUGGAUCCGACCACCUUUGAAACGGAUGCGAUCAAGCUGCUGACUGGCUUGGGCUUCGGCCCCAAGAUGAUGGCCAAGCCCACAAAGGACAUGUCAGGAGGGUGGCGGAUGCGAGUGGCGUUGGCGCGGGCGCUCUUUGCUGCGCCCACGCUGCUGCUGCUGGACGAGCCCACCAACCAUCUGGACCUGGAGGCCUGUGUGUGGCUUGAGGAGUACCUCAAGCACUACAAGAAGUGCCUUGUCCUCGUCAGUCACUCCCAGGAUUUCCUGAACGGCGUGUGCACGCACAUGAUCUGGCUGACAGAGAAGCAGCUCACAUACUACUCAGGAAAUUACGACACCUUCCAGAAGACGGUGAAGGAGAAUGAGGUCAUCCAGCAGAAGAAGUAUGAGAAGGAGCAGGACGACAUCAAGCACAUCAAGGAGUUCAUCGCCAGCUGUGGAACGUACGCAAACCUGGUGCGGCAGGCGAAGUCGAAGCAGAAGAUUCUGGACAAGAUGGAGGCGGUGGGUCUGACAAAGCCGGUGGUGCACACACGCAGCUUCACCUUCACCUUCCCCGACUGCGACAAGCUGCCGCCCCCAGUGCUGCCCUUCAUUGACGUCAGCUUCGCCUACUCUGGGAAGGAGGAGGACAUGCUCUACAGGAACCUGGAGUUUGGCAUCGACUGCGAUUCGCGCGUGGCCCUCGUGGGACCCAACGGAGCAGGCAAGAGCACGCUGCUGAAGCUGAUGUGCGGGGACCUCAACCCGACGCGCGGAGACGUGAAGCGCCACUCCCACCUCAGCAUUGGGCGCUACCACCAGCACUCCGUCGACAUCCUCGACGACUCCAUGGCGGUGCUGGACUUCUUCCGGUCAACGUACCCCAACAACAUGACCUUCACGCGCGAGGUCGAUGAGUGGCGCGCCUACCUCGGCCGUUUCGGCAUCUCCGGCCGCCUCCAGACGACGAAGAUUGGCGAGUUGAGCGAGGGGCAGAAGUCGCGGCUGGUCUUUGGCAUGAUCUGCAUGCAGCGCCCCAACCUGCUGCUGCUGGACGAGCCGACCAAUCACUUGGACCUGGAGUCCAUCGACGCACUGGCUGACGCCAUCAAGCAGUACAAGGGCGGUCUCGUCCUCGUGUCCCACGACUUCCGACUCAUCGACCAGGUGGCGGAGGAGAUCUGGGUGUGUGACAAGGGCACCAUCAAGCCCUGGAAGAAGGACAUCCGCGAGUACAAGGCCAAGCUGCGGCGCACCAUGAAGCUCUGAGGCGCCUUUGCUGUUCCGCUCUGAGUCUGCGAAGCCAGCUCCUUGGCACAUCUCCGCAGGGCUCCACAUAGGCGCCCUGUGAAGAUAGUUCAUCGAAAAGCCGCUGAGAGAAUGCUCGGCUUCCCAGCAAGCAUGCCAUUCAAGACCAUGGCUGGUGUCUUCAUGACAGCUUUCGCGCACAGCCUUUUGGGCUGCACAGCAGCGUGCUUGAUUUAUUCAGACAUAGGUCUGCAUAGUUUUUGGAUUUGCGGCAUCAACAAGACCUGUGUAGUGAGCUAAAAAGAAAGCAAGCAGCUUGGCCUCCACUUUCCUGAUUCAGUCAUCACUGUUGGUCCUGGGAAUGUGGCCCUGAGGGAGACAUGCUGUUUAUUGACCAUCCCUUAACUACUAGAAACUCAGUUUGUAGCUGCGAUGUCUAUUCAGGGGGCACAUCAAUGCAUGUCCUACUCUUGGGACAUUGUGCUUUCGGCCUUCGAUCUGGGCCCCGCGUAGUCUUUGAGGUCAUUGAGCAGAGAAGAAUCCCAGUCAUCAAAUGGAAUGGUUAUAGGAUCUUUCAGACAAAAUUUAGGGGUAAAAACGGGGCCCUUGAUCAUUUGAAUGCAAAGUAGAUGUUGUACUGCACCUACGUGUCAGGCUAUCGAUACGUCAAUAUAUAUCUUGCAAGUGUAAAAUCAUAGAAAAU